AUGCAGCUUCAAAGCUCCAACGGCACCGCUGGAUCCAGCAGGAGCACCGGAGGCCUCAGCAUCACCACCGUAGGGGCCUCGUCUGCUGCAGCUGGAGGGGCAUCGGGGGCAUCGGGGGCCUCCAAGACAGCGGAGAGCUUCACUUCUGCUGGAGGAGGCUCCUAUAGCUUUGCCAGCGGUGGCAGCAGUCAGGGGAGACGGGAAGGAGGCCUCGGUGCCGUGACGGUUUCCACGGUGACCAAGUCCAGCUACAGUUCAGGAGGAGGCGGGGAGGCGAAGAGGGGAUCAUCAUCAUCAUCCUCUGCUGUCACUUAUUCACCUGCUCCAAAGGAGAGGAAGAACGUGACCACCAUGUCUCUGUCGGAGGUGUUCGACGAAAGCUCAAGUCCCAACUCCUCUCCAGAGUACAAGAGGAAGGACUACGGCAGCUCGAGUGCAACACCGACAUUGGCCACUAGAGGGAGAAGUCAGAGCAGAGAGAGUGAGAUCAGGACGAGGCUGCAGAGCGCUUCUCCUCCAGCCAGCUGGACGGAGCUGGACGACGUGAAGCGUCUGCUGAGAGGGAACCGGUCCACCAGCAUCAGCCCGACUCAGUCGCCCAACAACACGCUGCCGAUCCCCAGGAAGGCCAGCGUGGAGGCCAGGAGCCCGACGGAGAGCUGCAGCACAGACCAGUACGGCAGCGUUUGGUCCGGAGCCGUCAGCAGCAGCUACAGCUACAACACCAACAACCUGUCGACCAGCUCGGGCCUCUACCAGCCAGGAGUCCAGAACAACCUGACGCUCAGCUCUCCCUCCAUGAAUGGUGGACUUCCUGUCAGCAGCUGUGUUCCAGUUUACGGGCUUCAGAACAACCUGGUCAGCAGCAGUCCGACCGUCCUCUCUCCCACUGGAACCAACACACCUAUUGUUUAUGGUGUUCAGAAAAACGUCUCCAGCAUGAGCACAAUGCGACCCAGCAGUCCGGUUCAUGACGAGGCCUCAGGGAAAGACUUCAAGUUUGUGCUGGUUGAGAAGGAAAACGCUCCCGUGAAGAAGGAGACGGAGCGUCUGGUCAUGGCCAAAGACACGGGGAAGCAGUUCAUGUCGGCCGCUCCGGCUGCUACUACUGCGACCUACUCUGAGGACUCACUGAAGAGAGAGAAACAGAAAUUAUCAUCCAGCUCUCUGGAGGAGGGAACGGACGCCAAAACUUCAACCCUGAAGAUUGCUACCAAAGACAAAGCCACCUACGCAGAGAUCCGUAACGAUGAGUCGGGCCUCGGCUUCUUGUCCUGCUGCAGCUGGUGGAAGUGGCUCCUGGGCCUCCUGCUCGGCCUCCUGCUGCUCCUCGGCCUCCUCUCCGGACUCAUCGCUCUGGGCGAAGAAGUCAAACGUCUGAAGAACCGCGUGGAGGCUCUGGAGGCCAUCGCCGGCGUCAGCGCCGCUUCAGCCAGAACCAGCCGCCUGUCCGCCUCCUCUGGCAUCAACAUCAUCGACCCUCUGGACUCGUACAUCGACAGGAGCUCCUCUGGUCCCACCAUCACCCGGUCCGACAAUGGGAUCAACCUGGGGGCUGCUGGGCCGGGAGGAGGAGGAGGAGGAGGAGGACUAGGAGGAGGAGGAGUAGGCGGACUAGGAGGAGGCAUUGGAGGUGUCGGUAGUGGACCGGGUCAGGACAGCGCCGCCCUGCAGAGAGCUGUUCAGCAGCUGAUCCGGGCUGAACUCCACUCAGGUCCAAUUAGAGAAUCUCUGGUUUACUCGCUGAAAGGAGAAAGAGGAGAACCAGGACCUAAAGGUGAUCCAGGAGCACUCGGACAGAAAGGUGAUAGCGGCUUCCCAGGUCUGCCAGGUCCUCCGGGGCAGAUGGGUCACCCGGGUCUGGACGGACCCAGAGGACCGAAGGGCAGCGCAGGUGAAGCAGGUGGUGAAGGGCCGCCGGGCCAGAGGGGCCGGGAGGGACCGAUGGGCCCCCGAGGAGAACCUGGAGCACCAGGAUUUGGAGAAAAGGGAGAUAAAGGAUCUCAAGGAGAAGCAGGACGUCCUGGUCCUGCUGGUGCUGCAGGACCUGUGGGGCCAAAAGGUGCCAUGGGCGAACAGGGCGCCUCUGGAGUUCCUGGUGUUCCGGGUCCAAAAGGUUUCCAGGGUGAUGCUGGAGCUCCAGGAGCAAAAGGUGACCGAGGAACCCCCGGGCUGCCAGGAACCAAAGGAGAUCUUGGAGAGAGAGGAUCACGAGGACCUUCAGGUGAACCAGGACAACCUGGAGCUCAAGGCCCUGCUGGACCAAAAGGAUCUAAAGGAGAUUCUGGUGAGGCGGGUUCAGCGGGAUCUCCUGGUGCGAGAGGACCACCUGGACUCUCUGGAGAUGCUGGUCCUCCAGGCGUUCCUGGACUCCAGGGACCUCCAGGUAUUGCCGGGACUCCAGGACCGCCUGGUGGUAAAGGUGAACCAGGAUCACCUGGUAAAGUCGUCGCUUCAGUUGGUUCUGAUGCUGUUGCCAUCCCCGGACCUCCAGGACCAGCCGGGCCUCCGGGUCCUGCUGGACCUCCUGGUCUGUCCGGUCCCAUUGGUCCUGCUGGUCUCCCGGGACAACUAGGGGAGAAAGGAGAGAAGGGAGAGAAAGGAGAGAAAGGAGAGAAAGGCGAGGAAGGAAAACCUGGAGAACCCGAGCUCUCUGCAGUGGCUGGACCUCCAGGCCCACCUGGACCUCCAGGGCCUCCUGGAACACCUGGUCCUCAAGGCCCUGCUGGUUACGCUAAACCAGGUCCACCAGGACGCCGAGGGCCUCCUGGAGAGCCAGGUGUUGGUAAACCUGGACUUCCAGGAGAGAAAGGAGAACCUGGCAGCUUUGUUCCAACAUCAGAAACCUUCUUUUCUGGACCACCAGGACCUCCAGGACCCCCAGGACCACAGGGUUCACCAGGUGAUCAAGGACCACAAGGAUACCAAGGUGAACCAGGACAACCAGGUCUUCCAGGAAGUCCAGGCGACGAAGGUGUUGGUUUCCCAGGUCAGCCUGGAGCUAGAGGGCUUCCAGGACCAGAAGGACCUCGAGGGCCUCCAGGAUCAGAAGGACCAAGUGGCCCUCAAGGUCCACCAGGACCAGAGGGAUCACAAGGGCCUCAAGGUGGCUCAUACAGUUCGAGAUCCCCAGGUCCACCUGGACCACCUGGACCACCUGGAACACCUGGAACACCUGGAACACCUGGAAGAGAUGGAAGCAGCUCUGGAUCAACUGAUGUGGGCCAGUAUGUCGCAGAGUACCUUCAGAGUGGUGGGAUCAGAGACUACCUGGCUGGACCUCCUGGGCCUCCGGGUCCUCCAGGGGCCCCUGGCACUUCUGGAGGUGCAUCGGACAGACUGGUGGACGAUGUUGCCAACCGAGUGGUCGCCUACCUUCAGAGUUCAGGUUCAGGUUCAGGUCGGGGAUAUGGCAGUAGCGCUGGCAGUAGCGCUGGCACUGCUGGCCCCGCUGGCCCCGCUGGCCCUCCUGGUCCUCCAGGUCCACCUGGAUCCAUCUCUGUCAACGAUAUCGUCAACCUGUUGCAACGAGAGGACGUGAGGAGAUACAUCGGUGGUGGUGGUCAACCUGGACCACCAGGACCUCCUGGACCUCCGGGAGGUUCUGGUGGAUACGGCGGCUAUGGCGUUAACACCCAGGAAAUUGCUGAACGUGUUUUCGCUUUAAUGAACGAGAGGGGGGCUGUAGGUGCACCCGGACCUCCUGGACCUCCUGGACCUCCCGGUGCUCCUGCAUACGGAGUCUCAGGUGGGUAUCAACCUCAUGCGGGUGUUCAGGGUCCUCCUGGUCCUCCAGGUGUUCCUGGUCCAGAAGGUCCACCUGGACCACCUGGACCACCAGGAUAUGGGAACCACCUCAGCUCAAACAUCCGGGACUACCUGCAAAGUGUUGCCUUCAGGGGUCCUCCUGGGCCUCCUGGUCCUCCUGGACCUGAGGGCCCCCCUGGUCCAAACCGUGGAUUGGUUCCUGUCGGUGACCACAGAGAGAGAUUCAGAGCUGAACUACAAGAAUACGUCAAGAGUGAUGGUUUAAGCGGAGCUAUGUUUGGAGUUCCUGGUCUGCCAGGCCCUCCUGGACCUCCAGGUCAUAAAGGAGAGCCAGGUGAACCUGCUGCCAGAGACUGGACCGUAGACACUGGUGACUUCUCCAGUAUGGCCGCCAAAGUUACCGAUUACAUCAAAUCUCAUGGUCUGCUUCGAGAGGUUGCGAGAGACUCUGAGCGGGUUGUUCAAGGACCUCCAGGACCCCCUGGCCUCCCUGGAACACCUGGACAGAUGCAAUGGGUUAGCUCCAGCGAAAAUGUCGUGGAUGUGGUGGAAUACAUUAAAUCUCGCGGUUUGCUGCAGGACAUUGUGCGGGACUACAGCGGCCAUGUUUUCCAAGGACCUCCAGGACCACCCGGGCCUCCAGGUCCUCCUGGAUACGGCCGAUGGUCUGGUUCCCAUGGAAACACCACGGCUCUAGUGGAAUACAUCAGAACGCAUGGAGCCAUCGUUGGACCUCCUGGGAGACCAGGACAGAAAGGAGACAUGGGACCAAAAGGAGAGACAGGUGAUCGAGGCCUUCCUGGACCUGAAGGACCCAAAGGUGACCGAGGAGAAUUCGCGGUGAUGACGAGAAGAAGACGACGAGACGUCGGCGUCUGA